AUGUUGAAUUGGUGGUUGAUUGUACUUUUAAUACUUGUUAUCCUUCUUUGUGUAGGGCUUAGUGUUUAUUUAUUAUUUUAUUUUACCUCAGAAGAAGAUGAUGGUGAGGCGUAUGGUGCGAAAGUUAUUGUUGUGCUUGGUAUGGUCAUUUCUAUGGGAGUUGUAUUACUUUUGCCAUUAGAUGUUUCAAAUUCCGUAGAUCCUACAAUACCCAAUAAAUAUAUAAAUACAUUAAAUAUGACACUUAUGUGGCAAAUUGUACUUUGGAUUCUUUUUUCAAUGACUUUUAUUAUAGUACCAUUUGUAAUGUUUUAUUAUGAAGCAUAUGAUCCAGAUUAUAAUCGAAUACGUAAACAAAUUAUACAAGCUAUCCUAUAUACAAUAGGAAUAUUAAGUAUAUUUUUUAUAAUAUGUGGUAUAUGUUAUACAUUUAUAGGUAUAGCGAUAAUACCUGUUUUAACUUAUGAAGGAUUGCCUCAAUUGAUUUCAGAUAUGGAAUGGAUUUCAUAUAAUGGGACGGGUAAAGUAAUAAAUAUAGAAAUUCCUGUUCAUUUUUUUACAUAUUGUGUAGGUAUAAUGUGUUUUUUAGGUUGGAUAGCAUUUUUAUUUUAUGGAGGGUUAGGGAUUAUAUCGUUUCCUUUAGAUCUUAUUUUUGGUUUUAUAAAACGAACCAAAUCCAUUCAUAUAUCUCGUUUUAAAGAAGAAAUGAAUCUCAUUGCAUUAAAAAGUGAUAUUUUAUUGGAAUUAUCGUUAAAUUUACAAAAAAAAUGCCGUGGUAUCAUUUCCAUUUCAUUAAGAAAUAAAAUUCAUAUUUUACGUAAUGAAACAUAUUUACUGGAGGCACAACAGGAACAAUUGAUAUGGGCUUAUACAAAAGCAGGUGGUUCCCCUUUUAUAAUUUAUGGACGUUUAUUAUUAGGCAUUAUGUCGUUAUGUAUUUCUAUUUUAUGGAUAUUACAUAUUUUUAUAUAUAAUACAUUUCAUAAAAAUUUAUUUUUAAAUCAAAUACUUAUUUCAAUAAAUAAUAUUUUUGAACUUUUUGGAAUUAUUAUAUAUGGAAUAUUUAUAUUUUAUUUAAUAUGGAUUAGUUUUGAAGGGCAAGUGAGACUUGGAAUGCGAUUGAUAUUUUUUCAAAUUUAUCCUUUAAAACCACAUGAUACCACAUUAAAUGCACUUUUAUUUAAUAUAUCUAUUUCAUUAUUAAUAAGUCCUGCCAUUAUAGAAUUUGCUUCAAGAUCGUUUCAAGAAUAUGGUCCACGAACAACAAUUAAUGCGUUAAUGAAUAUUUAUGUAUUGCAUUUAAAAGGGAUUGGGAUAUUUAUUCGUUGGGCAGAUGUAUGUUUUGCCGGUAUUUCCCUCUUAGCAGUCUUAUGGGUCUUACUUUGCCCUGUACAUAAAAGAAUUAAAGAUCCAACAAAAUUACGGUUAUAA